AUGUCGUACAACAUCCCUCCACCAUUACAAAAGGCCAAUAUUUCCGUGUUCCUCCUCCUCAUCUUGCUCACCUCUUCUAGGGAGAAAACAGUAAUCCAACUGUUCGAACAGCACGAGAACGACCGCUGGUACUUUGACUGCCCAGAGCAACUUCAAGAGGUGAGGAAUACCUUGGGCUUCCCCCUUCCUAUCGUUGGGAGAUCGUCACUCAGAUUGCUGACCGGCGCGAUGCUGCUCGGGAGGCUGCAAGGAGGGAACGGAGGCGGAGAGAGCGGCGGAAAGGAGGCGGCACCUCCAGCCGAAGAUAAGCGCUUGUCGGGGGUUGUGUAUCCAAUGUGGCACCCAUCACCGCAGCCUCAUGAAGUGGGCGAAUUAAAUUGGGAGGCGAAGUAA